AUGUUCCCCUGCCAGGGAUUCCACAGAUAUCUCCUGGAGCACCUCAAUGACCUGAAGAAGGAGAACUUCAGCCUCAAGCUGCGCAUCUAUUUCCUGGAGGAGCGCAUGCAGCAGAAGUAUGAGGCCAGCCGGGAGGACGUCUACAAGCGGAACAUCGAGCUAAAGGUGGAAGUGGAGAGUCUGAAGCGAGAGCUCCAGGAGAAGCAGCAGACCCUAGAUAAGGCUUGGGCAGCUGCGGAGAACCUGACCAGUCGCAAUGAAGCAGAGCUCCGGCGCCGGUACGAGGAGCGGCAGCAAGAGACGGAGCACGUGUCAGAGCUCCUGGAGAACAAGAUCCAGCUCCUGCAGGAGGAGGCCAGAUUAGCAAAGAGCGAGGCGGAGAGGUCAGCAGCCCUGGCGGAGGCUGAGAAGGGACGCUGCUUGGAGCUAACCAAAAAGCUGAAGGAGCUCACCAAGGAGGAGGAGAAGAGAGGAGCCCAGGUUCUGCAUGAUGAUCACUGUGCUGCACUGGCCCAGAAGGACAAGUAG